AUAUGCCCCCCUUUAGACUCGGGUCUGGCGACGAGUCUGCAUGGACCUAUCAAGAAAGGUCGAAACCGAAAGUAACCUAACCACGGAAGUAGGACUCCCAAAGUCAGCAUUUUGUAUAGGCGCUGGCGCUUGGGUUGUUUUUAAUAGAAGUAGUUUUGAAUACAUCGCUUUUAGGAAACGGACGAAGACAUGAAGUUUUCCAGUGCUCUGUUAUUGUUGACUUCAGCCGUCCUGGGAGUCAGACCCUCAUCUGCUCAAGGAAAACCUCUAUAUUAUGAAGUGGGAACAACGCUCACCUUGGAGCCAGACGUUUCCAAUGUUCCACAACCAAUCACCACCAUCAGGUGGAAGUACGGCACCGCCUUGGUGGUGGAUUGGGAUCCGAGCGGCCAUACAUACUAUGGGUCAUUCAAAGGACGCACAACGUUUGAUCCAGAAACCAUGCGGUUGGUCAUCAAUCUUUUGACCUUGGCUGAUAGCGGACAGUUCUCCCUGGAGACGAAUGUUGGAAUACACGUGACUUAUGAGGUUGAAGUCAUCAAGCCCCCUCCGACGCCCAGUAUAAUGACCCAGCCGCUGCUGUGUGAGUUCACUUGUGCUCUGAAGUGUGCCGCGGACACCACAGAUCUGGGACCGGUCUCCUACGAAUGGAAGAAAGAUGAAGGAGAGUGGAACAAGGGUGACGCGCUGAAGAAUAUCAGCAGUUCUGAUACCCCUGAGAAGUUCUCCUGUAGGCUGAAGACCCGUGUGAGGACCAGUGAAGCCAGUAUCCCCAAGGACAAUCCACUCUAUAAACCACCAGAACCUAAAUAUUUUGAAGUGGGAACAACGCUCACCUUGGAGCCAGACGUUUCCACUGUUGAAAAACCAAUCUACAGCAUCAGGUGGAAGUGCGGCACCGCCUUGGUGGUGGAUUGGGAUCUGAGCGGCCAUACAUACUAUGGGUCAUUCAGAGGACGCACAACGUUGGAUCCACAAACCCUGCGGUUUGACAUCAAUCGUUUGACCUUGGCUGAUAGCGGACAGUUCUCCUUGGAGACAAAUCUUGGAAUAGUCGGGACUUAUGAGGUUAAAGUCAUCAAGCCCCCUCCGACGCCCAGUAUAAUGACCCAGCCGCUGCUGUGUGAGUUCACUUGUGCUCUGAAGUGUGCCGCAGACACCACAGAUCUGGGACCGGUCUCCUACGAAUGGAAGAAAGAUGAAGGAGAGUGGAACAAGGGUGACGCGCUGAAGAAUAUCAGCAGUUCUGAUACCCCUGAGAAGUUCUCCUGUAGGCUGAAGACCCGUGUGAGGACCAGUGAAGCCAGUAUCCCCAAGGACAAUCCACUCUAUAAACCACCAGAACCUAAAUAUUUUGAAGUGGGAACAACGCUCACCUUGGAGCCAGACGUUUCCACUGUUGAAAAACCAAUCUACAGCAUCAGGUGGAAGUGCGGCACCGCCUUGGUGGUGGAUUGGGAUCUGAGCGGCCAUACAUACUAUGGGUCAUUCAGAGGACGCACAACGUUGGAUCCACAAACCCUGCGGUUUGACAUCAAUCGUUUGACCUUGGCUGAUAGCGGACAGUUCUCCUUGGAGACAAAUCUUGGAAUAGUCGGGACUUAUGAGGUUAAAGUCAUCAAGCCCCCUCCGACGCCCAGUAUAAUGACCCAGCCGCUGCUGUGUGAGUUCACUUGUGCUCUGAAGUGUGCCGCGGACACCACAGAUCUGGGACCGGUCUCCUACGAAUGGAAGAAAGAUGAAGGAGAGUGGAACAAGGGUGACGCGCUGAAGAAUAUCAGCAGUUCUGAUACCCCUGAGAAGUUCUCCUGUAGGCUGAAGACCCGUGUGAGGACCAGUGAAGCCAGUAUCCCCAAGGACAAUCCACUCUAUAAACCACCAGAUGGUUUAACUUUUGGUGAUAUUUUCGGAAUACGUAUUGGCAUAUUAUGCGGUGUUGCUGUAAUUGCAGUAAUUACUGUUAUUUCUCUGGUGAAGUGCCGCCCUGGGGAUGGGGAGUUGGGGAAAAAAAAGUGAUUACUGCUGUCUACUAGGCCGCCGUCGCUGCACUCACGGAAUCAUCUGUCAAUUACCCACCAAAGAUCAGGCACAUGGAUGUCUGCUGUGACACACGCUUGGUCGUAGCUGAAAGUGGACAGAUUUCCUGCUUUCCUGAGUCAAUUGGCCUUUGUUACAAAGUAUUUGCGAUGCUUCAGAUUUUUUUAUGUAUUCAUACAGCUUGCUGUUUUUAUAUAAUUAUUAUUUUUAUAUUAUUUUGUCGUCCUGUCUAGUUCAAACAUUGAGCUAAUGCUACUGUUACAGCCUGUAUAGCCUUUGCUCUUCACCAGUUUGUGUCAACAAUCAGUGAAAAGUGCCCCUCUGCUUGCUCUGUGAAGCUUAGUGUUAAUUGAAUAACCACACAGUUGUGAAGGGCAGUUGGGACACAAUGAAGCAGCCUUUAAGCCAAACGGCCGCUUAAAUGACUGUGACUCACUGCAAUUCUUUUUAGAAAGUAGUAAAAGUUUUUUUUAAGUAGUCUCCCAAAGUGAUUGUAGCUGUCUACUAGGCCGCCUCUGAAUGUCAAAGACCUGGAACACGUUGAUGGGACUUUAAGCCAAACGGCAGCUUAAAUGAUUGUGACUCACUGCUGAAACAAUGUAUAGAGAGACAUCGCAUCCGAAUGUUAAACAAGAUGUUUGUGAUUAACUUAAGUCAUUCUGUAUUUGGUUUCAAGUCAGUAAAGCCGCAAACCAGAUAUUUCAAGGCUAUAGUUGCAAAUUGUUUGAGCAUUUUUCUUAAUCGAUUACACGGAUGAAUCAGAAAUAUCAAAUUCCUGGUUCAUUUUUCAUUUUAAUCACAGAUUCAGCGAAUAUUUGGUUGUGUGUGAGUGAGGGAGAUGCUCCAUGUCCUCCCUUCUCCUGUUUUACUCACUCUACAAUGUAAAGGAUAAAACCUUAAGAAAAUAAAACUGAAAAAGGUUUGUAAACAAUGAAUUCUGUGAUUGGUAAGGUGGACCAUGCCAUACUGCAAAAAUAAAUCUGAAUGUAAUGUAAACCAAAAGUUGUACAAAAUGUGAUAGUACAGAUUGCUUCUAUAAUCUGAACAUUCUACAAGUGUAUAUAUGGGGAGCAUGACUCUCAAACCAAUAACUUAAGACUAUAAAUCACAUCCCUCACAGACGUAAACGUGAGUGACAGUAGAAGAAGCUGAACAUUUUGAUGUCAACUCUAUUGUAUAAAGACUAGGAGAAGCAGCAGUUUACAAACAUGUGGGUGGCCUCUGCUCACUGUUUGUCCUCUAUGUAUGCAUUUGUCCUCUUACACUUACACACAAACUAAGCAGUAACGUUUCUUGAUGUAUAAGAAAAACGACGAUUAGACUGUUGCUAGGAAAGUUAAUACUAUCUUUAAUGUGUCGGUUCAACAUGCACUUUCAACUGAUAUCCUCUUGAACUGCUCGCUAGAUGGGCUUUCUCACUAAGGACCAAUAGCGCCAUCUAGUGGUUGAUAAGUAUAGCCGAGUUAUAUUAUAGACUUAUGGCACGUUCACAUCGUUGGGAAAUAUGGGGAAAACAUUUUCGCGAUGUCGGAGAGUUCUCGUGAACGACACCUCAUGACGCUCUUAUGAUUCUGCUUCUGAUCGGGAACUGGGGCCAGAUUUUGAUAACAGAGUUGCCCAGUUGGAGACUCAUGGUUUACUAGUGACACGCAUGAACAUGGCGGAACAUAA